AUGAGAACGUCGUCGUUCAGGAGAUGCACCACCAGCAAAACCGAACCAGACUUCCCGGAAAAUUCCAAAACCUCAUCGCCGACGGCGGGAAAACAUGUUUACGGCGCAAUGUUGCCGGUUUUUCUCAACGACCUCCGUAGCAACCACCACAAGGAGCUCGUUGAGAUAACACUGGAGCUAGAAAACGAAUCUGUCGUGCUUCGCAACAUAGCUCCGAUAUCUUCUGCACCAAACGUAUCUCCUUCUUCAAGUCACACCGUCGCCAGAGAUGGAGUCUCCUCCACCGGCGGUGGUGUCACGAGGAGUCUCUCAAUUACGUCGAGGAUUAAAAAUAAAUUUCCGUGGUUGAGGUCGAUGUCAUUGCGGUCAUCGACCUCGUCUUCGGAGAGUGUAACCGCCGUGGAAGAGGAUCCGAUGGUGGCGCGGAAUGCUCGGAGAAUGCGAGCGGAACUUGAACGGACGAGAUCGAGUGCUCAGAGAGGUUUGAAAGGUUUGAGAUUCAUUAGUAAGUCUGGUGAAGCUUGUGAGGAGUUAUGGAAAAAAGUUGAAAAGAGGUUUGGAUUUCUAGCUAAGGAUGGUUUGCUCGAUCGAGAAGAAUUUGGAGAAUGCAUUGGGAUGGAGGAUUCGAAGGAAUUUGCUGUGGGUAUAUUUGAUGCAUUAGCUCGUAAGGAAAGAAAAGCACUGAGCAAGAUAACAAAAGAAGAGUUGCGUCAGUUCUGGUUGCAAAUUUCAAACCAGAGCUUUGAUGCUCGCCUUCAAAUUUUCUUUGACAUGGCAGACAGUAAUGAAGAUGGAAGAAUUACAAGGGAGGAAGUACAAGAGCUUAUAAUGUUAAGUGCUUCUGCAAACAAUCUGUCCAAGCUAAAAGAACAAGCUGAAGGAUACGCUGCAUUAAUAAUGGAAGAAUUGGAUCCGGAAAACCUGGGUUAUAUCGAGCUGUGGCAGCUAGAAAUGUUGUUACUAGAAAAAGAUAGAUACAUGACUUACAGUAGACAACAGAGCAGUGCAAGUGUAAACUGGAGUCAAAAUAUGUCAAGCUUAAGGCCCAAAAAUAAGAUCAACAAAAUCCGCAAGACACUCCAAUGUCUUGCAUUAGAGUAUUGGAGAAGGGGUUGGAUUUUGUUACUGUGGUUGAUUACCAUUGCUUCUCUUUUUACUUGGAAAAUUUACCAGUACAAAAAUAGAUCAAGUUUUGAAAUUAUGAGUUAUUGCUUACCAGUAGCCAAAGGCGCGGCAGAGACACUCAAGUUCAACAUGGCUCUCAUUCUUUUACCGGUUUGUCGAAAUACAUUGACAUGGCUUCGCUCCACAAAAGUUAGGAAAUUUGUCCCAUUUGAUGACAAUAUUAAUUUCCAUAAAAUGAUUGCAUUUGCCAUAGUUAUUGGAAUAACUGUCCAUGCAGGCAACCAUCUCGCAUGCGAUUUCCCACUUCUCGUGAAUUCAUCUCCAGAAAAGUUCUCAAUAGUAUCUUCUGAUUUCAAUAACAAAAAGCCCACAUACAAAUCACUUUUGAUUAGCAUUGAAGGUGUAACAGGAAUCACAAUGGUUACUUUGAUGGUUAUAUCAUUUACUCUUGCAACUAGCCAGUUUCGACGAAAUGCAGUAAAUCUUCCUUCACCCAUCAACAGAUUAACAGGAUUUAAUGCAUUCUGGUAUUCACACCAUCUUCUUGGUAUUGUAUACAUUCUUCUGUUCAUUCAUGGAUCUUUCUUGAAUUUGACACAUAAGUGGUACCAGAAAACGACAUGGAUGUAUAUCUCUGUUCCAUUGUUGCUGUACAUUGCAGAACGUACUCUACGAACUCGUAGAUCGCAACAUUAUGCAGUAAAAGUUUUGAAGGUUUCAGUGCUACCAGGAAAUGUCUUUAGCUUAAUCAUGUCAAAGCCUAAUGGAUUCAAGUACAAAAGUGGUCAGUACAUAUUUUUACAAUGCCCGAAAAUCUCUCCAUUUGAGUGGCACCCAUUCUCUAUUACAUCAGCACCAGGAGAUGAUUAUCUAAGUGUUCACAUUCGAACGGUAGGUGACUGGACACAAGAACUUAAGCUACUUUUCACCGAAGAUGACCAAUCGGCUCCGGUAAAUUCCAGAGCAACAUUCGGAGAACUAAUACAAAUGGAUCAAAUAGGACAGCCGAAGCUGCUCGUUGAUGGCCCGUAUGGAGCUCCGGCACAAGAUUACCAGAAUUUUGAUGUAUUGCUGCUCAUAGGAUUAGGAAUUGGAGCAACUCCCUUCAUUAGUAUUCUCAGAGAUCUUUUGAGUGACACGAAAACAAUAGACGAACAAACGGACUCAAACACAGAAACAACUAAAUCAGAUGAGAGUUUCAAUAGUUUCACCUCUUCAAAUGUAACGCCGGGAAGACACAAGAGAUUGCAAAGGAUUACAAAUGCUUACUUUUAUUGGGUUACCAGAGAACCUGGAUCUUUUGAAUGGUUUAAAGGAGUAAUGGAUGAAGUUGCAGAAAUGGACCACAAAGGUCUGAUUGAGCUGCACAACUAUCUCACAAGUGUCUAUGAAGAAGGCGAUGCAAGAUCAACCUUAAUCACAAUGAUCCAAGCAUUAAACCAUGCCAAACAUGGUGUUGACAUUCUAUCAGGCACUCAAGUGAGGACACACUUUGCUAGGCCUAAUUGGAAAGAAGUUUUCACAAAAAUAGCUUCAAAACAUUCAAAUUCUACCGUAGGUGUGUUCUAUUGCGGGAUGCCGGUGCUUGCAAAGGAGCUAAAAAAGCUAUCACUUGAGCUCAGUCAUAAGACAACCACACGCUUUGAAUUUCAUAAGGAGUACUUCUGA